UUCCGGGACCUGUUGACAUUCAGGGAUGUGGCCAUAGAAUUCUCUCUGGAGGAGUGGAUGUGCCUGGAUCCUGCUCAACGGAAUUUGUAUAGGGAUGUGAUGCUAGAGAACUACAGAAACCUGGUCUCCUUGGGUCUUGCUGCAUCUAAGCCGGACCUUAUCAUUUGUCUGGAGCAAAGGCAAGAGCCCUGGAAUGUAAACAGACUUGAGAGAGUAGGCAAACACCCAGAAUACGGCAAAGUGUGCAACCAUAUUUUACACCUUAUUCAAUAUCAGAGUAUUCAUACCGAAGAGAAACUGUACAAAUACUAUGAAUGUGGCAAAGCCUUUAAUAAUAGCUCACACCUUGCUGAGCACCAGAGAAUUCAUACUGGAGAAAAAUUUCACAAAUGUAAAUCAUGCAGUAAAUCUUUUACAUAUUCAAGUCUUAUUAAGCAUCAAAGAAUUCAUACUGCACAGAAACUCUACAAAUGUAAUGAAUGUAGCAAAGCCUUUAAGCGUAGUUCACACCUUACUCAACAUCAGAGAAUUCAUACUGGAGGCAAACCCUACAAAUGCAAAGAAUGUGGCAAAACCUUUAAACGUAGCUCACACCUAACUCAACAUCAGAGAAUUCAUACUGGAAGCAAACCCUACAAUUGUAAAGAAUGUGGCAAAGCCUUUAAUUAUAGGUCAAGUCUUACUGAACAUCAGAGAAUCCACACUGGAGAGAAACCCUACAAAUGUAAAGAAUGUGGCAAAGCCUUUAAACGUAGCUCACACCUAACUCAACAUCAAAAAGUUCAUACGGGAAGCAAACCCUACAAUUGUAAAGAAUGUGGCAAAGCCUUUAAUCAUAGGUCAAAUCUUACUGAACAUCAGAGAAUCCACACUGGAGAGAAACCCUACAAAUGUAAAGAAUGUCACAAAGCCUUUAAACGUAGUAAAUCUUUUACUUAUUCUUCAAGUCUUAUUAGGCAUCUAAGAAUUCAUUCUGGAGGAAAACCCUAUAAAUGUGAACAAUGUGGCAAAGCCUUUAAUUACAGGUCAAGUCUUACUGAACAUCAGAGAAUCCACACUGGAGAGAAACCCUACAAAUGUAAAGAAUGUGGUAAAUCUUUUACUUUUUCUUCAAAUCUUAUUAAGCAUCAAAGAAUUCACACUGGACAGAAACACUACAGAUGUAAUGAAUGUGGCAAAGCCUUUAAACCGUAUCUUAUUCAGCAUCAAAGAAUUCACACUGGAGGAAAACCAUAUAAAUGUAAUGAAUGUGGCAAAGCUUUUACUCAUUCUUAUGGUCUUAUUGUCCACCAGAGAAUUCAUACUGGAGUAAGCUCCUAUAUUUGUAUUACCUUUGGCUCCUUUGAGAGUUGCCUGCCAGCAGAGCCAGUGCAGUGGCUGGGGACCUCUGUAGAGGACGCCAAGGACUUUGUUGAGGACCAGGCACCAAUCGGGAAGAAGUCUUUAAAAGAACACAUCCCCAUCCACAGCCAGGACUAA